AUGUCAACACAACCAAAUUAUAUAGCCUUUGACAGUAAUGUCGUCAGGGGUGGAUUAAACAACAAUAGUAAUAAUAAUAAUAACACUAUGAGGAGACAACCACAACAACAACAACAGCAGCAGCAACAACAAUAUCAAACAUCGCAACAACAACAACAACAACAAAAGAGAGUAACACACCACCCUUACUCACGUCCAAAUAAAGUAGGUGGAAGUGGUAAUAGUAGCAGUAGAUCUAAUAAUGACAGAGACAGAGAAAGAGAAGAUGAUAUUUUAGAGGAUGGUAGUGGAAGUGGUAGCGGUGGUUCUAAAGGUAAUUCAAGUCUAUUCGGUUCAAUUACAAAGAUGUUGAUGAAACCAUUGAGUUGGGUAUUCCCUGUUGACGAUCCAAACUCUGGCGAUCUAAAGUCACCACCACAAUCACCGAAUAUCAAUCAAGGACAACAACAACAACAACAAUCCACCACUGGUAACAGUGAAUCGAAUGCAAUCAACCUCGACAACAAUGACAUUGACGAAGACAACAACGACGACGACAACAACAACAACAACAAUGAAGAUAAUGAAAUUAAUACCAGUUUAUAUCAACCCAACAACAACAACAAAUCAAAUCAACUAAAUUCAUUACAAUCAUCUAUUUACAGUCAAUCGAGAACCUAUAAUAAUAAAAAACAACAACAUCAACAAGUACAACAACCACCAUCAAGCUUCAGUAUCAACAAAUCAAGUAAAUCGAAUAGUAAAGUACAAACAGCUCAACAAUUUGAAAAUGACAAUAAUGAAUAUGAUAAUUCAUUACACAAUGUAAAAGGAGUUGGAGCAUUAAAGAUCAAUACAUCGUCUUUGAAAUUCAAUGAUUUAACUUCAAACUUUUACAAGAAUAAUAUACAGUCAAAUGGACCAACAUCUUCUUCAUCGAUCAUGAGGAAUAACAGCAGCAACAACAACAGCAAUAACAAGUUUAAUAGUAGUCAAUUACCAAAUGGUUUAAGUAGUAGAAACGAUUAUAAAUCAAAUCUAUAUCCAGAUCUUAAACAAUUGUCUCAAUCAACAACAACCGGUGCACCAUAUCUUUCAUUAUUAAGUUCAAUGUCCAAUGUUAAAAAACAACAACAACAACAACAACAACAAUCAUCAUCUAAACCAAAUUUAUCAACUUCAACAUUUACACCAACUAAACCAACAUUAGGUAAAAGAUCAACACCUCCUACAACAACAACCAAUAAUAAUACUACUACUUCUGCAGAGGAGGCUGGACAACUUGCAAUCGAGGAGAUUGACUCUUUCUAUAGAAAGAAGUUACUUUCACACUUUGGUGAGCUCGACAAUGAUUCGAUUGAGUUGAAGAGCAGCGUUCACGAACCACCUCUGAAGAAGCGUAGUGGCGCCAUUUCUUCUCACGGACGUGUCUACCCAGCUGUCUCACACCAACAGGUGAUCGCACAAACCAGUGAGGCCGCCAAGAGAAUUCUCACAUUGAUCGAUAGCUUUUCAUCGGGACCUGUUCUCUCCAAUGUCAAUCCAACCAACCUAUUGACAUCGACCUCCUCCUCCUCAUUCUCAUCAUCGACCAACACACCAUCCUCUUCACUCUCCUCCUCAACCUAUUCACUCGCCAAACAAGAACCACUCACCCGACCAAGAAUCCCACAGUUUGCAUCCAACUUUAAAUACAAUCCAUAUGGAUUAACUAGAGUUUUGGAAAAGAAACCAAAGAGUCAGAAAGAACAAAAUGAAAUUCCGGUUAGUUCCAUUCAGUACUCAGCAGUUUCACACUAUAAGAAGCCAGCUCCAUCAUCAAAGGUAUCGUUUGAAUCGUCGAUUUCCGCACCAAUCUCACCACCAAAGCCAUACACAGAGUCAACUGCUUCGACAGGUAUCAGGCUUGGUGGAUUAGCUCCAAAGCCAUCUACAACUACCACCGUUGCCUCUGCUACCAUUGGAACAACGGCUUCAAGUUUAUCGUCGGCUACCACCACCACCAGUUCUACUGCCACUACUCAACCACCACUUCCAUCUGCUUUGAAGGUAACCAACAACACUAAGACUAGUUCAUCGCUCUUUGAUACCGGUGCCAAUAGUAUCAGCACAGCAUCGUCUGCCACUAGCAGCGGUCUGAACGGUGCAGCCACUACCAGCCUGUUUAGUAAUCUCAGUAAGAGGGAUACUGUCGCCAGCUCGUCGGGUCCAGAGAGAAAAUCUGUAAAGUUUGCUUCGUCCGAUCCAUACGGCAGUGACGAGAGAUCCAAGAAGAGAACCAAGGAGGAGGAGCCAGAGGUUGAUUUCCAUGCACAGAAACUUGAAAGCAUCGCACCACCAAAGCUAGGCGGUGAUAUUUCCUUUGGAACCACUGAUUUUGGUAAGACUGCCAAGUUACCAACCCUCUCUGCCACACCAGCCAGCACCACCACCACCACCACUACAAUUGCACCGGCCACUUCCUCGUUAUUCUCCACCGCCAGCACCGCUCUCGACACCAAGAAGCCAGCAUCCACUAUUUCAUUUGGAGAAACAACCACUGCCAAGCCACUUCAAAAUCUAUUUGGUACCACCAUCACUGCUGAGAAAGAGAAACCAUUGACAUCGACUUCAUUGUUUGGUAAUCUAAACAACAAGGAAAGUGAAAAGGAAAUAAAGAAAGAUAAAGAAGAGGAAAAAGAAGAGAAAGUACAAGAGUUACCAAAGAGUUCCUCACUUUUUGGUGGACUAUCGGCUGCCGGCUCUGCACCCUCCGCUCUACCCAAUCUAUUUGGUAUCAUGCCUGUUUCAACUUCAACACCGUCAACCUUAACGUCAACUCUAUCGUCAACCUCAACUUCAACCUUAUCCUCAACAACACCAUCAUCGCUCUUCUCAGGCAAAACAACUGCUCCAAAGACAUCAUCCCUGUCUGUACUUGCCAAUAUAGAUGCUACCACUCCUUCCACAUCCAUUUUCGGAAACAACAAGAUAUUUUCCAGUGAGAGCAACGGUAAGAAUGAUGAGGGCGUAGGCGACUCUGACGAGGAAGAAGAAGACGAUGGAUUCCAAGAGGAAGAAGGAUUCUAUGUACCAUCGGACUCUGAUGAAGAAGAAGAACCAGAUGAACCAAUCAAACCAUUGUUGUUUGGAAACAUCGAUAAAGAUGCUAAACCAAUGUUGUUUGGAAACCUUGGUAACGAUUCUAUACUGUCUGCCAAACCAACGUUGUUUGGUAAUCCAUCGUCUGGUCAAUCACUCUUUGACUUUGGAAAGAAACCAGACGCGUCGACACCGGCCACACAAUCACUCUUUGGAUUCUCAUCGACACCAAUCACCGCAGACAAAGAGAAAGAGAAAGACAGUGGUCCGACAUCAUCCAUUUUCGCUGCCAACAAGCCAUCAUCGACUGACUCCACCACCUCAUUGUUUGGAGGUGCAAAAAUGCCAGCCUCUAGCUCUACCAGCUCAUCAUUGUUUGGAGGACUUAGCACACCAGCUGCAACUACCACCGCUGACAAGCCAGUAGCAUCAACCUCAAUCUUUGGUUCAGCAAAUGGUGCAAGUACAACCACCGCUGACAAACCAAGCACCACAUCAUUGUUUGGAGGACUCACCUCAGCUGCGACAACUUCCACUACCUCUGACAAGCCAGCAACAGCAUCCACUUCAUUGUUUGGUGGACUCACUUCAGCUGCAACAACUUCCACUACCUCUGACAAGCCAGCAACAGCAUCCACUUCAUUGUUUGGACUUAACUCCACCACUCCUGCCUCUGAAAAAAUUACUAUAGGAGCAGCCACAACCACCUCAACUCCACCAACUUCUCUCUUUGGAGGUGGAGCUUUAACCUCAAUAGCCGCAUCCUCAGAUAAACCAGCAUCGUCGACCUCAACCUCAUUGUUUGGUGGAAAUGCAUUGUCAUCCAUCGCCACCUCCUCAAGCUCAGACAAGCUCAUUAACUUUGGUUCGACAACAACAACAUCUACUGACAAACCAGCAGCUACUUCAACUUCAUUGUUUGGAGGUGGAGAUUCAACCAAGUCAGGUGGCCUAUUCGGUUUAUCUACUUCUCCAACUCUUGGAUCAGCCACCACCACCAGUUCAUCAUCCAGCUCAAGUUCAUCACUCUUUGGUGGUGCAACCCUUAGUAGCACACCAGCUGCAACAACAACAACAACAACAGAUAAACCAUCACUGUUUGGCAACUCAACAUUUGGAACAACAUCUGCAUCGACUACCUCCAGCUCAGCAACAACAGACAAGCCAUCGACUUCUCCACUGUUUGGUUCAUCACUCACCACAACCUCAACCACCUCAAGCUCAUUAUUUGGUGGAUCAAAUCCAGCAGAUAAACCAGCCGCCACUUCAACAUCACCAAUCUUUGGUGGAAGCUCAGCUGCUCCAUCGUUUGGAGGAGGUGCCAGCACUUUUUCCGCACCAUCCGCCACUUCGACUUCACUGUUUGGUGGAUCAUCGACUUUAGCCACCGACAAACCAGCUGUUUCAACCCCUCCACUCUUUGGUGGAACUGCAACUCCAACUCCAUCCACAGGUCUAUCGUUGUUUGGUAAUGCCACCACCAAUCCAUUCACCUCCGCCAGCACAUCCUCCACACCAUUCGGUGCAUCCUCUGCUUCAGGCACCUCCACACCACCCAUUUCAUUCAGUGGACCAUCAACCUCGUCAACUCCAUUCGGAGCAGCAGCAAGCACCACCACCGCCUCACCAUUUGGAACCCAAUCAUCUGUAACAUCACCAGCCCCAUUCGGUGCAACACAAUCAACUGCCUCGCCAACUCCAUUCGGCGCAUCAACCACCACCACCGCCUCACCAUUUGGAAACUCUGCCGCCAACUCCAACCCAUUCGCAAUUUCAUCGACUUCAUCCGCAUCAACAUCAACACAAUCACCAUUUGCAUUUGGUGGAUCGAAUACAUCACAAACACCAGCCGCUCCCGCUCCAUCUGCCAACCCAUUCGCAAGUUCAUCGAUCGCUACAACUGCACCAUCCACCGCCAAUCCAUUCGCAAGCUCCUCACUCCUUUCACAACCAUCUCAAUCUUCUUCUUCCUCUUUGUCUUCCUCAUCCAACCUCUUUACAUUUGGAGGUGGUGGUGGAAGUGGAGGUGGUGAUAUGGGUGCAUCAAACACAGCGGCUGCUUCAAGUGGCUUCUCCUCAUUCGCCAACAACAACAACAACACUGCCAACAAUAGCUCACCAUUCGGAACAUCAUCAUCCAACCCCUCACCAUUUGCAUCGGCACCAUUUGGAAGCAGUACACCAGCCUCAACCGCUUCACCAUUUGGACCAAACAUGUUUAGCAGCGGUGCCCCAUCAACACCUGCACCCUCAUCAUUCGGAGGCAGCAACCCACCAGCAUUUGGUGCAACUCCAAAUAUGUUCUCAUCAACACCGGCACCAGCUCCAUCUGCUGGCUUUAACCAAUUCCCAUCGAUGGGCUUCGACAGUGGUGGCAACUCGUUUGGUGGUUUCCCUCCAGCUUCGUCAGGUGGAUUUGCAUUGGGUAAGAAACCAUCUGCACCAACAAGAAAAAAUCAGAGUAAAAACAAACCAAAUUAA